GCUCAAGAACAUGCUGAGGGUAACGUCAGAAAAGAGCGCGAAGAUAUAUUAUAAGUAAACAGCCUGCACGCCUACUCAGUUAUGUUGUAGUAGUACUAGAGAAAUUGUUGCUUCUGGCGGUUGUCAGUGGCAGCGUGAAUAAAUGAAUACUACUAGUGCUGGUAGUACAACAUGCGGCACCAUCAAGAAAUGAAUUAUGUUGAUGUUCAUUCAUCGUCCACCUCCCUGUCAUUUGCGUUUUCCACCUAGAAGUCGUGGCAAGAAUUAUACAUAGAUAACAAUACGGCCGUCAUGCGUUUUCUCUGAUUUCAUUGCUCUGCACGAGUACAUUUCAGCGUUCUCACAGUUGAUGACGUUAUAAUAACCUUUUAAAGAUAUUAGAGUGAGCCUCGUCUCCAUCAUUUUCAAAUAUGCCGUCUACAACGAGCGACGGAGCUCGGGCUAUCCAAAAGCCUAUGAAGAAGGCGGCGGGAUCAAAGAAGUCCUCCACUGCAAAGAAGUCCUCUACUUCGUCGAGCUCUUGUUCUUCGUCGUCCUCAACAAGCAGCUCUACUUCUUCAGCAUCGUCUUUGUCGAAGCAAUCACUGGACAAACUCUGGUCGCAAUGGACACCCGCUGAGCAAAAGAUCCUUGCGUCGUUGGAUUCACCGGGUAAAAUUCAACAAUUCCUAGACGCAAUGGACUAUGACCCAGAAGAUGGCUGUCGCUCAAUUAUGGCUGUCGCUCGGGAAAAUAUAAAUAGAAAUCCACCAUUUCUCUAUUAAUCUGUUUCCAAACAUCUAGUCGCACUAGUUCUAGUACUCAUUCAUCCCGUUUUGAAGGAAAUAAAACUGCUAAGAACCAGAGGAAUAUGAUGCUGCCUGAGGUGGAAGAUUACGAUUUCGUCAAGGUCUAACUCAAUACGUCAAACACUCCAAAGUCGGCAAGCGCAUUGUCUUGGAGGGUGUCUGCUGGCUUACUACUGCAUGAAAAGGUUGGGAUACAAUUAUGGCCCUAAACUCUCAAUCUCCAUAAUGAUCUUCAGUCUGUCACAUCUAGUUCAAGAUCAAGUUGUAGACUCUUCUGGGCCCUAUUUAACCCUAAUCGAAACCCUAUGAAUCGAAACAUCAUCAUCACCGGAUCAGGGAGAUGCAGGAGGGCCUCAGACACGAAUUACUUACUUCAGAGUAGUUUAUAGCACGCGUGGCGCAUGGAGUGCAUGGAGCGCAUAUCUCUAAGGGACGCAAGCGGGCAAACCUUAUAAAUUAGUCUGUUACAACUAAGUAACUUAUCUACAUUUUAUCAGAUUGUAGUACUAGCUACAACUUACUAAUAGCCGUUUGCUUUUCCUUUUCUUCGUUCCUCUAACUCAGAGACGUUUUUUGCAUCGGACUCGAUGCGGUAAAUGACGACUCACAUGCCCUCUGCGUGUACUCUGUCAAAGUAGCUGGGAGCAAAGGUCGUGCAGCACAAACAAAGUUUUAUUUAAGGCCGCUAGCUAUUGGUAUUGAUGAAGCAUCGUCCUCAGCAACAUGAUCGUCCCUGGCUCUUUUUCUACUUGAACGUGAAAGUACUACUCAUCAUCACUACUGAACGUAAAAGUACUACUCACUACCGCUACUUGUACUACUACAUUUUUUUUCGUAAAAGAACCUCCCAGGAGGGAUCACGCUCCUCUAAGGGAGGAUGCAAGAACCGCGAAGAUACCUCUACUAAUUUAGGGGGCUCUAUCGAAAUCGAAUUUCUCGACGUUGCGGUCGCGUGACUGCGUUUACCGCAGUGUGCGAGAACUCGUAAUGUCCUAUUGGGACUUCUACUUCAACAUGCGGGGAGAGAAAGCCCUCACGACCUACUCUUCCAAAUUCGACCCACUAGAAAGUUUUGCAGGUGUUGUGGGAAAGGAAGGCAGGUAAGACUGUAAUGUUUGUUUCUAUCUUCCUCUCGUCUUUCCUUUUUCUAGUUAGGUCGGCUCCGCCACAGUUAAUACUAGAGCGUUGGUCUACUUGAUGUUACAAUUAGAAUUACAUCAAGGGGAACAACUUAUAACUACAAUUAAAAUUACCUCUACUAGGUUCUUUAUCAGCAAGUUCAAGUUACUGAUGAUGCUGGUGCUGAAGCUGAUGGUACACGAUCUGUGAUUCUUCGUGCACUUACUGCCUAAAUACUUGUUCCACCUAGCUGCCUACCUCAUAAGAACCCUAUAGCAAACAUCAACUGAUACAACAACAAGGUACCAAUGGUUAUUCGGGACGAAUGAUGCUCCAGAACUAGAAGCAGCGUUUGAGGAGAGCGAAACUAACCUCUUUAUCCCGGAAGGCUACGAUACAAGGCGUGAGGGGAGAAGGCCAGAAAAGAAGAGCCAAUUUGGACAGACGGUGUUUGUUUUAUGGCUCUUGAUCGAAGAAGAUCAACUUGUUUGGUUUUAUAUUAGUUCCCUAUUUUUGUCAGUGUUUUCCUCUUUGAAUUCAGGAGAAAAAUAGGACCACAUUAGUUUCUCCACCUUUAGAGAUGAAAUCUUGCGAGCGCUGCCUCUAAUUUACGCGCCUAAAGUUCUAUUGGAUGGCAGUACGAUGGAUUCCAAUCCUGAUGGGCUGUAUCAACCGACCUAAAGACACAGAGACCAGGACCGAAUAUGUAGUAGUCGCCUCAAAGGCGUUAUUCGAACUCGUUGAAGUUUUGCUGGCGCUUGCGCAAGGUCAAGAAUUCUUGUCGUGAUGAAAAGAAAACCUUGACAACACUCCUCCAAGAAGUUAUAUAAAAAAAUUUUCCACUACAACUGAUGUACAACUCUUUUUACAAUAACAAUAUCAUGGUCGUGUAGUUGUACUUUCGAACUUUCUUUCUUUCAACAACAGAACGACAACAGAACGACAAACGAAGGAAGUACAACUUUCUUACGUAGUUGGCUGGUGGGUAAGUAGUGUUUUUUCAUUCAUCAAGGUUCUCUUAGUGACGAAAAGCUAGCCACAGCUUGGUCUUCUUCUUACAACUAGACUCAACAUUUCACGACUUUCAAAGCUCAGCCUUCGUCUACUUACAAUCAAGCACAGGGAUAGUAGUUGUUGCACCUUGGAGGUCAAAAACAUCGUGCUGCACACAUGAUCUUUAUGCGAGGUGGUCGAUUGCGUUGUGUUGUAACAACGACUAACAUUAAAUUAUACACAUUUACAACAUAACUGUGCAUCUAUCUUCCAUGAUUGAAAAUGUUCUACUUGAACAUUUUUACAGAACUCCUGUUGUACAGAUUUAUUACGAUUUUCGAUCACUCCUCCUGAAGAAGAAGAAGGAGAACCCCUGCGUUUAGUAUUCUUAGUGUAAGGGACUUCGUUCUAUGGAGCGCUUUUUCUAUAUACAGUGUAAGAAUGUGGCUCUCGCUCCACCACCUCCAGCAACCUCCAUGGAAGAUGAUGACCAGCGUAGCUUCUAAGCGCCACUGAAUUGCAGAAAUUUGGCUCCGUU